CGCGACAUUCGUUGCAUCCACUUACUUCCGGUCCCUUAUCGUCUCCCCACGAGGCAAGCCGUGGCGGCCAUGAAGACCUAAUGGCAAGCCUGUCUUGCACAAUCUCCUGAGGUUUACGAAUAACGCCCCCGACUCUCCAGAACGCGCCUUGUUGGCCAUGGCAAUCCUCGAUGAACUUGACGGCCAUCUUGGCCUCGGACCGCACUGCGGUGCAUGUGGCAGCCUAAUGAAAGUCAGUAAGCGAUUUGUAGUACAUUGCUUCGACGUUGUCGCGCAACGAUGCAAGCUGGACGAUUAUUUGGACCACCUCUGGAUUGCUACUGCCUGGCGGACUCCGUGGCGUCAAGCACCCAAUCUCCGCCUCGAGGAACCGGCUAUCACGCUAGAUUUGGCAAGAGCAGAUGACCUUGGCAUACCGAGAAUGAGGGUCCUUACCCCAGAAAUACUUCGUAUGGUUCAUGGCUAUUCGGCGACGAGUCUGUUUUGGCGGUACAGCGGAGCUCUCGACCUUGUUCGACGACUAUCCACUUCUUCUUUGGAUGAACUCCUCUCAGUUCCCUUGUGUACUGUCUCGGCGUGGAAACGUGGUCCACCGGUAUUAUCAAAGACAGUCCGUCAACUGCCGGUUUUCCGUUUGACAAUCGACUCGUAUGGGAUCAGAGAGAUCGAAAGACUACCUGAGAGACCACGAUUCCAAAGAUGGCGAACUGACAGCCUCGCGUUCGUCAUACUGGAACAGAGCUACCUCCAGGGUGUCACAGCACGCUUCAAGAUUUGGGAUACACCAAUACCCCCUGUGAUAGAGCAAUGCCCUUUUUACCCAGCAAACAUCACCAGCUCCACGCAUUUCCGAACGAUCGAGUUGUGUAAAACAACCGGAAUUACCCUCUUCUUCUGUCUCGGGGACGUCUAUGCCAUUCAUGCUCAUACAAAGGCAGCCCCAUGCCCCGAGGCGACAUAUCGUUGCCUUUCCCGUCGACGUCAGCGAUCCAUUACUUGGGCGUAUAUGCCAAUUCCAGAGAACGACUCCAUUGUUGCAUUUGGAACACAAAUAGCACUAUUCAGCAGUGAUUUCGAGGGAGCACCUGCCUACUUCCCAGUGUCAUCCCAGGCGACGUCCGAUGAGACCGAAGUCAGGGCGGUUCUCGCCAGGUUUGAGGAAUGGCCGCUUGAGAAUGCUUCGCUCAAGCGCAUAACCGAGAACAGCAGAACAACUUUCUAG